AUGGGAAGCCAGGCAAGGACAGUCUGCUGGUUUCUCUUGUCUCUGCGCGUCUCGGCCGAGCUGUCUGAGAGCUCCAACUUCCACCUGGCCGGGGACUACCUCCUGGGUGGUCUCUUCUCCCUGCAUGCCAAUGUGAAGAAACCGGUCUCCUUUAACGUCCUGGAGGUGCCCAAGUGCAAGGAGUACGAGAUAAAGGUGCUGGGCUACAACCUCAUGCAGGCCAUGCGCUUUGCGGUGGAGGAGGUCAACCAGCUCAGCAGUCUGCUGCCGGGCGUGCGGCUGGGCUACGAGAUCGUGGACGUAUGCUACCUGUCCAACAACGUCCAGCCCGGGCUCUACUUCCUGGCAGAGGAUGACUACUUCCUGCCCAUCCUCAAGGACUACAGCAACUAUGUGCCCCACGUGGUGGCUGUCAUCGGCCCUGACAACUCUGAGUCCACCAUCACCGUGGCCAACAUCCUUUCCCUUUUCCUUCUUCCCCAGAUCACCUACAGCGCCAUCUCUGACCAGCUGCAGGACAAGCAGCGCUUCCCGGCUGUGCUUCGCACGGCGCCCAGUGCCAACCACCACAUUGAGGCCAUGGUCCAGCUGAUGCUGCACUUCCGCUGGAACUGGAUCGUGAUGCUGGCGAGCAACGACGACUACGGCCGGGAGAACAGCCAGCUGUUCAGCCAACGGCUGCUCCGACACAGCGAGAUCUGCAUCGCCUUCCAGGAGGUUCUGCCCGUGACCGAUCCCAACCACGCCAUGGGGCCCCAGCAGCAGGAGGCCCUGGACAACAUCUUUUCCAAGCUGCAGUGGAGCACGGCACGCAUCAUCGUGGUGUUCUCCCCGGAGCUGACCCUGCACAACUUCUUCAACGAAGUGCUACGCCACAACUUUGGGGACGUCGUGUGGAUCGCCUCGGAGUCCUGGGCCAUCGACCCGGCCCUGCACCAUCUUCUGGAACCGCACUACACCGGCACCUUUCUGGGGGUCACCAUCCAGAGAGUGUACAUCCCGGGCUUCAGUGAGUUCCGCCUGCGCCCUGCAGAGGCUAGACCUCCCAUUCCCAACGGAACCAACCUGCGGGCCACCUGCAACCAAGAAUGCGACACCUGCUUGAACACCACCGAGUACUUCAACAAUGUCCUCAUGCAAUCUGGGGAGCGCGUGGUGUACAGCGUGUAUUCGGCAGUCUACGCCGUGGCCCACGCCCUGCACAGCCUCCUCCGCUGCAACCAGACCGGCUGUGCCAAGGACGUGGUCUACCCCUGGCAGUUACUUAAGAAAAUCCAGGAUGUCGACUUCACCCUCCUGGGCAACCGGGUCCACUUUGACAGUCACGGGGACAUGCUAAGGCAGCUGGACAUUGUCCAGUGGCAGUGGGGCCUGGGCCAGAACCCCUUCCGGAGCAUCGCCUCUUAUGACCUCAUCCAGAAGAGACUGAAGUUCAUCAGUAACGUGACUUGGCACACUGUCAACAACACGAUUCCGGUGUCCAGCUGUUCCAAGAACUGCCCGCGUGGGCAAAGGAAGAAGCCUGUGGGCCUCCACCCUUGUUGCUUCGAGUGCUGGGACUGCCCUCCGGGCACCUUCCUCAACUCCACAGAUGAAUUUAACUGUCACAACUGCCCAAGUUCCAUGUGGUCCCACAAGAAUGCCAUCUCCUGCUUCAAGCGGCGGCUGUCCUUCCUGGAGUGGAACGAGGCUCCCACCAUCAUGGUGUUCAUAUUGGCCGUCCUGGGCUUCCUUAGCACCCUGGCCAUCCUGGUCAUAUUCUGGAAGCACUUCCAGACACCCAUGGUGCGCUCGGCUGGGGGUCCCAUGUGCUUCUUGAUGCUCACGCCGCUGCUGCUGGCGUUUGGCAUGGUGCCCGUGUAUGUGGGGCCGCCCACAAUCUUCACGUGUCUGUGCCGCCAAACCUUCUUUACCCUCUGCUACUCCGUCUGCCUCUCCUGCGUCACCGUGCGCUCCUUCCAGAUCGUGUGCGUCUUCAAGAUGGCCAGCCGCCUCCCGCGCGCCUAUGGCUUCUGGGUGCGCUACCACGGCCCCUAUAUCUUUGUGGCCUUCACCACCGCCAUCAAGGCGGCCUUGGUGGUGGGCAACAUGCUGUCCACCACCAUCAACCCCAUAGGCCGGACAGAUCCCGAUGACCCCAACAUCAUGAUCCUCUCCUGUCACCCCAACUACCGCAACGGGCUGUUGUUUAACACCAGCAUGGACCUGUUGCUGUCGGUGGUGGGUUUCAGCUUCGCCUACAUGGGCAAGGAGCUGCCCACCAACUACAACGAAGCCAAGUUCAUCACCCUGAGCAUGACCUUCUCCUUCACCUCCUCCAUCUCCCUCUGCACCUUCAUGUCCGUCCAUGACGGAGUGUUAGUCACCAUCAUGGACCUGUUGGUCACCGUGCUCAACUUCCUGGCCAUCAGCCUGGGCUACUUCGGCCCCAAAUGUUACAUGAUCCUUUUCUACCCUGAGCGCAACACACAGGCCUACUUUAACAGCAUGAUUCAGGGCUACACCAUGAGGAAGAGCUAG